AUAUAUAUAUAUAUCGGUGUAAACAGAAAGGGAUUAAUUCAAAAUUUCUGCUCAAUAUUUUCAAAUAGAAAUUUAAACAUAUUAAAUUAAAAGCUGGUUCACUGUUCAAUUAUACCAUUCAUUAUUGUGUUGUGAACACUUCUCUCUGUGUGUCUGUGAAGAUUUUGAAGAAACAAUAAUUAAGAAAAUCGUUUUUCUUCUGUUUUACCACAUGUUGGAUGUAGAAACUGUUUGGAAUGAUCGUGUAUUGAUGAUGAGACAAGUAAAUCAAGAGAAUUUAACAAAAUGGUCAAAUAUAACAAAGAAUUCAAUGAAAUCUGAUAUAGAUAUAAAUCAAAUUUAUUCUAAUUCUACUUAUACUCAAUCAACAUCAUCGUCAACCUCCUCCUCAUCAUCAUCGCUAUCAUCGAUACUAUCGUCACCAAUAGUAACAACAAUGACAACAGCGGCGACUAUGACAAUGGUAAAUAAUAAUAACAAAAUCAAUAAUUCAUGUAUUUCUUUAUCUGAAAACAAUCAGAUUACUGAAAAUAAUCUUCACAUUGAUGACAACAAAAAUUGCAAUCAACAAAUCAAUUCACCAACUAAUUCAAUCAGUCCAAUAAGAAAUAAGUUUUUAUUCCCUCCAAUUUUAACAAAUAGAUUAUUAUCGGCGCCAAUCAAUAACAAUAAUAAUCAUUUAAAACAAUUGAAUUAUACACAUGAUACUACUACUAAUAAUAGUGGUAGCAGUAGUAUGAGUAAUAGUAGUCAUAUGUUAAUGUCUCGUGAAGAAGCCUUAGUUACCCUUUCAGAGAAGACAUCUUAUCCAAUCUUACAAGAAAAUGGUCAACGUCGUUAUGGUCCACCACCGAAUUGGAGUGGACCACAACCCCCAAGAGGUUGUGAAGUAUUUAUUGGUAAAAUACCAAGAGAUUGUUUUGAAGACGAAUUAGUGCCUAUAUUUGAAUUAGUUGGUAAAAUAUAUAUGUUUCGUUUAAUGAUGGAUUUUAGCGGUUGUAAUCGUGGUUAUGGAUUUUGUAUAUAUACAAAUCGUGAAGAUACAAAACGUGCUGUUGCCGAAUUAGAUUGUUAUGAAAUACGUAAAGGGAAAAUGUUAGGCGUAUGCUUUAGUAUUGAUAAUUGUCGUCUAUUUGUUGGUGGUAUCCCAAAAUCAAAGACAAAAGAAGAAAUUAUGGUUGAAAUGCUUAAAGUUACUGAAGGUGUUAAAGAUGUUAUUGUCUAUCCAAGUGUUGCAGAUAAAACAAAAAAUCGUGGUUUUGCAUUUGUUGAAUACGAGAAUCAUAAAGCAGCAGCUAUGGCUAGACGUAAAUUAAUUCCUGGUCGAAUUCAUUUAUGGGGACAUCAAAUUGCUGUGGAUUGGGCAGAACCAGAACGUGAAGUUGAUGAAAAUAUUAUGUCAAAAGUUCGUAUAUUAUAUGUAAGAAAUUUAAUGUUACAUACAACAGAAGAUGCUGUUAAAGAUCAUUUCAAUCAAGCGAUUGGUGCAGUGGAUGCUGUUGAACGAGUGAAAAAAAUUCGUGACUACGCAUUUGUACAUUUUCGUGAUCGUUUACAAGCGACAACAGCACUGCGUCAAUUAGAUGGUACAUUAUUCGAUGGAUCACAGAUUGAAGUAACUUGGGCGAAACCUGUUGAUAAAAAUGAAAAUGUAAAGCUGAAUCGUAAUAGUAAUGGAAUAAUUACACCUAAUCAUAAUAAUAAUAAUACUACCACUAUUAAUCACAUUAAUUAUAAUAAUAACAAUAAUAAUUUAGCUUUUUCAUCAUUUACAAAUUAUUUCCUAAAUCCAUUGAAUACACCAACAUGUUCACGAUUGUCUAUACCGAUGAAUGUAUUAUCCUCAUCGUCAGCAUCUUCCUCGUCAUCAUCUUCAUUAUUGUCGUCACCAGUAUCGAUGACUCUUCCAUCGAAUUCAUGCCUCCUUGCAUCAUCAUCAUCGGCAGUAGCGGCACCCUUAUUAAUGAAUUCAGUGAAUUUAUUAAAUAAAAAACAUCAAAUCAACCAAUCAAAUACAUUUCCUCUAUCCUCCUCCUCCUCAUCAUCAUCGUUAAUCAAUAAUCAAUCAAUAUUAUCAAAUCAUUAUCAAUUCAAUAAUCUAUCAGAUAGAAUAAAUUCAAUGAAAGAAUUAAAAGGCAUAAAACUAUCAACACAUGAUUGUUUCAAUUCAUGCCUAGAUCAUCAUAAUUCCUUUGGAGGAUAUUCAUCUGUAACAUCACCAACAUCGCCAGGAUUGAUAACCACGUUGACAUCGUCGUCGACAUCAUCAUCCUCAUUAUUGCCAAGCACAAUAACCACUUCAACGAUACCGCCAAUAUCAACAUCAUUCAAUAUGUUCAAUACUAAUCAUUGUCAAAUGCCACCAAAAUGGAAUGUUUUAAGUAAUAAUACUUUAACAAAUAAUGCGAAUAAUAAUAAUACACAUAUUACUGUUAAUACUAACAAUAAUAACAAUAAUAAUGGUGAUAUCAAUAAUCUAAUAAAUAAGACAAUAAAUAAUAAAUCAUCAUUGAUACAACAAAAUUCAAUUCGUUUAAAUGAUUUAUGUACAUCAAUUUCAUCUGUGUUAAAUAUUCAACAAAAUCAAAUACAAAAAUAUUCAAAUUACGUACCAUUGAAUCCAGGUAAUGGACAACAACAAAAUCAUCACCAUCAUAAUUACCAACCCUACCACCACCACCACCAACAGCAGCAACCAGUACAGUCCAAAUCAUCAAUGUUCAAAGGGAAUAUUAUGUUUAAUCAACAGUUAGCAGAAUGUUCCCCUACAUCAAACGGUGUACAACCUACUCCAAUAUUAUUAAAUCAAUCAAGUUCAAAUCCGAAUUCAAUAUUUCCUAAUUGUGAGAAUGCUAUACAAUUUAAUCCUGGUUGUAUAAAUUUUAAGGAUCAGUGUAAAAUUGACAGUGAUAAAUUGCUAAUGGAUAUCUGUUUGAAAAAUGGAUUUGGUUCACCAAAAUUUACAACUUUGACACAAAGUUAUGUAGAUCAAUUGACUGGAAAAAAGAUGAAUUUAUAUACAGGUCAAGUUUAUCUACCCAACUUAAGUCGUCAAUUCAUCUCGAAUAAUCCGUCCAUUACAAUUGAGAGAUCAAUAAAACUAGCAAGUGAAGCCGCAAUCCAUUGGUUAUUUACUCAUUAUUUUACCAAUACUACUAUUAAUAAUAACAAUAUGAGUAGUAAUAACAAUAAUUUGCUAAAUACUUGUAAGUUUACAAAUCUCAAUCAUUCUCAUCAACUGCUACAACCACAACAAGAGCAACAGAAACAUCAACUUAUAAAUUCUUUCUCCAAUCAUGAUUUGAUUGUCAGUAAUAACGGUAAUAAUAAUAAUACUAGCAUAAUAUUUUCCGCCUCCUCUGUCAACACUCCAAUUACUGCUUCAUACAAUUGUAAUUCAUGCUCAUCUCAUUGUUUAUCAACAACAUUGAACACAUUGAAUGGAUUAACAGAACAAUCGCCUGUGAAUAAUAUUCAGUGUCAGACAAACUUAAAUUUACCGCCGUUGCAACUAGGAUAUUCAAACAAUGAAUGCGCUACAAAUAACAAUCAUAAUAAUAAUAAUAACAACAACAGUACUGUUGAACAUUUAAUAUCUUCUAAAAAUCUAAUAAAUUCUCAGCAUACUUUUGAUUUAAAUCAUCAUUCACUUCAUUCAACAUAUAAUAAUAUUAAUAAUAAUGAUACUAAUAGUAAUAAUAAUUGUAACAUUUUUAUAGAAGAUUCACAGUUUAACAAAAUAAUUAAUGAUGAUGAUGAUGGCUCUGUUGAGAGUAAAAACAACAACAACAACAAUAUUGAUGAUAUACUUGAGACUACAAAAGAAGUUGAUAGCAUGGAUAGUACUUCACAUUCAGUAUUAUCAAUUUUUCGUAAUAUUCAUAAUUUUCAACAAUCUCAAUCAAAUAAUCACAAUACUUUAAGAAAAAAUGAAUUCUCAAUUCUGUCAAACAUUAAGAAUGGAGGUAAUAGUGAUAAGAUGAGUAAUAAUAAUGAGAAUAAUAAGGACAGCGAUGAUAUAACUGAUGAAGACUGUACUCUUUUUGACGAAAUCGAUGGAGAUAAGGGAAUAUUCAGUAAAAUGAAUGGUAAUAUUAAUAAUAAUACGCUUCCAGGUAUUAAUUUUAUGAAUAAAUCUAAUUUACAAAAUGAACAAAAUGAACAGCAGUUCAAUAAAAUUUAUGAAGAGUCACCAUAUUUUAUGCUUGAUCAAAUUAUCAAUGAUAAUUCAACAUCAAUAAAUCAAUUCCACAAAUCAAUCGAUAUCAUCAAUCAUAAUAAUAAUAAUGAUGCUAAUGAUUUACAAACUGAUAUUGAUUUUAUUUCUUCAAUCAAUAAUGAUGAUAAUUUAAAUUCACUAAUCAAUAAUAACAAUCAAUAUGAAUUAUUUAGCAAACAAAUAAAAGAUAUUGAAAAUAUAGAAGGAAAUAAUUGUUUAAAUAGAAAUAUUUUACAAAAUAAUAAUAAUGGUGAUAAUAAUGAUAAUAACUGUGUACAGGAUGGCAUAGAUUUUAAUCGAUUAAUUCCUAAUGAUGAGGUAGAAGAAUCAAUAAUCAAUACAAAAUCGAAUUAUCUCCUACAGCACCACCACCAACAACAACCACAACAACAAUCGAAUUCAUUACACAAAUCAUGCCUGAUAAGUUCCUUUGAGAAGAAUUAGCAUUCUUCCAUUUCUGAAUCCUUCUCGUUUAUUGCUACUGCUGUUAUUAUUGUUAUAAUUAUUAUUAUCUUUGUCAGUGUUAUCCUUAUGUCCAGGAGUCUCAGCUACAUCGAACUGAUUUGUACAUUCUGAAUUCAGCUGAUAGACAGACAGACACACACACGCAUUCACAUCGGAAUCUUGUUUUAUCUAUCUUGUAUACAUGAAUAAUUGUCUUCCUUAAAUAAGUUGUCAGUAGAAUAUUACAGUGGUAUUAAAAAUUUUUUUGUGAAACUUCACUGUUUGUUUGUUUCUUAGUUUUUUUUAAACUAUUUUGUUAAUUACGCAAUAUUAGUAGGUUAAGUAUGAUCCGGCUUACUUGUCAAAUGCCCUCAAACAUACACAAGUACACCUCAAUGCCUACAAGUCUUAUAUCACCAUUAGUAAUUUUGUUGUAAGAAAGUUAUGUGCCUUUUAAAUCUAUCUAUUCAGGUUGAUUUUUACAUACAUCUAUAAAUGUUCAAUUUGUCUCCUUUAUUUUUGUCUUUUUGUCUUUUCGAUAGUCAGUUUUCAAAACAAGUAGGUCAGACUAUUUAUAUUAACUUUUUUCUACUUGUUAACCAUUUCUUCAAUUUAAACAAAAAUUUCAACCUAAAGGAAAUAAAAUGUAAAAAUUUCCACUGAAAUGAAGGUUAUUCAGAAUAGAUUAUGCAACCGUUAAUAUGUAUACAUGUAUAUAUAUAUCCGUAUAUGUAUAUGAUAGUUUGCAGUGGACAAAUGUAAGGCGAUAAAUACUCUAGUUCACAUAAAAAAAUACGCACAAGAAUACACAGGCAAACAAAAAAAAGACACACGAUUAACUCAAGUGAAAAUGAAUACUGAAUGCGUCGUUUUCCAUAAAAUAUAUUUCUUUAUGUAAUCAUCAAAUAUAUAUAUAUAUAUACAUGUGCUGGUCUCAGUGAUUCAUUGUAAACAUAUAAGGACAAAUUAAUUUAUUCAAUAUUCUAUUCUCGUUUCUAUGAUUAAAAUUAAAACGUCUUACAAUACUGUGUCUCUCUUUCGCUCUCACUCACCUCAGUAUACCUUUAUUCUGUUUAUAAUAAUAAUAAUAUUAUUAUUUCCCAUCGUUAAAUUAGUGAAAUAUUUUUAUUUGAAUAUGAGUUUUUUUGUCUUCAACCAAUCAACUAACAACCAAUAACAGCUGGAAAAACCUGCGAUAAAAUCCAUAAAUAAUCACUUUUACUCUCUUUCCAAUAGUAGACUAUAUUAAUAUUACCAUUAUUAUUAUUAUGAGAAAUUUUUUGUUUGCGUUUCAUUUCAUUAAUCCUGGUUCAAAUUGAAUUGUCUCGGUAAAAAAAAAUGAUUUAGUGUUUAAUUUGUUCCCUUUUUUGGAUGAAUUUGUAUACGAUUCCUUUUUUUCCUGUGUGUAUGUGUGUGUGUGUGUGUGUGAGAAAGAGAGUCCCUCAGUCUCUCUCUCACACACACGCAUACCUUUUUUUGAAUAUGUUAAUCGUUGUAGUCUUUACAAUUGAACAUUUUUUUCUGUCUAGUAAUUAGGUGUUCAAGUAAAAUAUAGUUUUAAAUUUAAAUA